GCGGAGCGGCGCGCUGUUUUUACGCAUAGCCUCCAGUCCUCCGAGGCAUUGUAGACAUUGUUUAGUCGCUGUGUAGUAGACUCCUGAGAAGACACCCGAGCGGGACAGUCUCUAAUAACUGGAUACCUGAGGCCAAAGUUAGAGAGUUUUUAAAUGGAGACGCGGACUGUAGCUGCGUAAAGGCGUGACGCAUGGACUUUUUAUGUUUAAAAAUUAUUUUGACGCGUUUUUUUCAGGUUGAACUUCACAUUUAAAUCCGCAGAAGACCAGCUGACGCGUAAAAGACGAAGGAAACAAGACUUUCGUCCUAAAUUAGAGGACUGCGCAGAGUCUCUCCUUGGACGUUUUGAUAUUCUGUCGACCUUGACUUCUCUUUAAAGUGACGCAGAACAUGUUGGGAGAUAUUUCCCUCGGUGUUAUUUACUCAUAACCCUUACGAGCUGUUUGGAGGCAAGACUGAACAGGUUACUAGAGGGUGCUGAGACUUUGCAAGGAGCCGUGACAGGACACCGGCCAGAAGGGAUUUUUGGUCGCGUUUAAAACGAGGAGGAGGCGCCUCUCGUGUUGAAGCAGAACCGCUUUAGAUGGAUUCUUCAUGUUUGCUUCAGCCUCAGUGGAGACAGCCUGCUCUGAACACUUACAAGCCGUGACAAUAAGGUGUAAAACAUGACACGCCUAUGGAUAGCCAAAAACAUGAGUUGCGCCCAGCGUGGAAGAAGCGGCUCUCCUGUCCUCUCCGGUGCGCACUUGGAGCAGAAUGCGCACAGGACAUCUGGUGGGACCAGAUGGAGGGUUCGGAGGAAGGAUAGACAGAAGAUUACCUCUGUAAUGUCAGCAAAGGCCAAGGUGCUGCUGUGGGUGCUCCUCUCUCUCCUGCCUCUGGUGGAAGGAGCUCAUGUGAAUGCUGAUGCUGCUGGUGGUGGAUCAGACUCGGGCCACACCGCGGGUCUGCUGGCAGGCCAGGAGGAGCGAGAGCUUCCUGUGACGCUGCCAGAGGUGGUGAAGGACGAGGAGCAGGAAGACGACAGUGACCCUUAUUCUACUUGGCACGCUCUAUAUGACCCCUUUGUAAUAGAUGAGGUGAACGACCAUCCCAGUAGUCGCUGGGUGGGGCGCUCUCCACGCGCCUCUGACCCCUCAGAACCUCUACCUAAGGGAUCACCAAAGAAAAAGAAGAAGAGGAAGAGGAAAGAAAAGGAGGAAGAGGUAGAGACAGGAAAAGCAGAUAGAAAGGGUAAAGGUAGGAGCAGGCAGCCGAAGCAGAGCAGCAGGGACUGCCGUGUGGAGAAGAAAGAGAUGAAGGUUCGAGACCUGGGCCUGGGCUUUGACUCUGAUGAGAUUGUCCUCUUCAAGUUUUGCGUUGGCUCCUGCCAGUCUUCAAGAACAAACUACGACCUGGCACUGAAGGCGCUGCAGGAAAACGGCUCGCUGCCCCGGCGCACCGCCCGCAAGGUCAGCAGCCACCCCUGUUGCCGGCCCGACCGGUACGAGCCGGUUUCCUUCAUGGACGCCCAGACCACGUGGAGGACAAUCCAGUCGUUAUCAGCCGCUAGCUGCAUGUGUAUGGGCUGAAGGCAUGAAGGAAGGAGAAGGUGACGAGGAGGGGUGUCACCCAUCCUGAACAGAGAGCAGGGUAGAGGCUCAGGGUGCUGAAGCCCUGGCUGCAGUGAAGAGCCAGAGGGCGGCGCUGUGACACGCAGAGCAAGGAAGUGACGGAGGCCACUUGUUGGCUUCCUGUGAUGUAGUUCCUGUUGAGGAGGAAGAGGUUUGGGUGGACGACUGAGAGGCAAGUCAUCAGUCUGGAUUUAUUGUUGCGUCUUCAAACAGUGAAUUACCUUCAACUGAAAAACUGGUAACUAACGCAAGAUACUCCAGACCAGUUAAUACACAUAAAAGAGACUCUAUAUGUGACAUUUUUUUAUGGGCGAGGCCUGAAGGCUGAAGCUCAAGAGAUAUAAAGAAAAUAAAUAAUUACAGGACUGACACUGUGUUUAUCUUCUGACGAAAAAAGACUGAUAUGAUGUUCACUGUCAUUCACCGUGAAGCCAGCUCCUCCCAAAAGAUUUAGCAUUAUUUUCCACAUAAAAACAGGGACAUUGCAUUGUAUCGUUUCUAUGUUCAGGGGAACUCAGCCAAAUGGAUGCCAUGCAUCUUCAUGUAUUACUGUAUAAAAGUAAAGUAUAUUUAUUUCUGAUAAAUUAUUUAUUUAUUAUAGCUUCAUAUGAGAGCUGUUUUUAUUAACUCUAUAUUGUAUAUAAAUAUCUAUUUAUUGCCGAGAUUUAGAUUUCAUGUUGACAGUUAUGUCUACUUCUCGCACGCAGUAUGUACAUUUCUUUCUUUCAAAAGGUGCUCAUUUAAAUAUUUAUCCAACGCCUCAUGCACCUGGUCUAGACAGUGUUACGGGGCAGAAUUAGAUUGGAUACAAUAGAUAUUUCUGAAAUUAAUUGAGUGAUUUUAAAAUACAGAAACAAAAAGCUCAGAUUCUCUUUUACAUGUUCCCAUCCCAGAGAGACUUGUAAAAACAAUCUUGAUAAAUAACAAACUGAAAAAAACUUUCUCAAAAGCACCUCACUUUUCCACAGCAUAAUGGAAACAGACAGUCAGUCUCAAUGUCCAGAAUGUUUGUACAGCUAAAUACUACAGGACCUCAAUAUCGCUCUUCUUAAAGCAGUGAUUUCUAUUCAGUUACAAACUCCCAGUAUGUCACAUUAUUAUUAUUAUUAUUAUUAUUAUUAUUAUUAUUAUUAUUUGUAUUAUUAUUUUU